ACAAUCACGCCACUUUUGCUUCCAGAAGUCACCUAACUCCAUAAUCCACAUUCAUACCUACUUAUUACUCCACGUCUUCUUCUUCUCUUCUUCUCUCCAUAAUUUAAUUUCCUAAUUUAAUAGAACAAAUUUAUUUUAUUAAUUUAUCAGAUUUAAUCCUCUCCGUUUCUCUUCUCUGAUCCCUCAAAAUCCCAAGACUUUUUGGGGUCUGCAGGGAUGGAUUCGGAGGAUGAUAUGAUGGACGCGAACGAUGUCGAAUCAGUUGAUGAUGGUUUCUUUAGUGGUGAGAUAGAAGAUGAUGAUUACAGUGAUGGUGAUUAUUAUGAUAAUGAUGAUGUUGAUGAUGAUGAUGACGGUCCUGACUAUGAUUUCAUGGCUGAAGCUGUAGACGAUACGGAUGACUUGUCCUUCCGCUUUCAGCAAAGUUAUACAGUCUUGAAGGAAGAAGAUAUACUUAAUCGUCAAGAAGAUGACGUAACAAGAGUGUCUACUGUCCUUUCCAUAACAAGAGUUGCGGCAAGUAUCUUACUCCGACAUUACAAUUGGAGUGUUAGCAAAGUGCAUGAUGCAUGGUUUGCUGAUGAAGAUGCUGUCCGGAAAUCUGUUGGCUUGCUAGACAAGCAAGUAGUUCAGUUUUCUAAUGCUCGAGAACUUACUUGUGGAAUUUGUUUUGAAUCCAUUCCAUGUGAUAAGAUUAUUUCUGCUGCUUGUGGCCAUCCUUUCUGUAAUACAUGCUGGUCAGGUUACAUUAGCACAACCAUUAAUGAUGGUCCUGGAUGUUUGAUGCUAAGAUGCCCUGAUCCAUCUUGUCGAGCUGCUGUUGGUCAAGACAUGAUCAAUUUGUUAGCACCUGGUGGAGAUAAGGAGAAAUACUCUCGGUACCUCCUUAGGUCCUAUAUUGAAGACAACAGAAAGACCAAGUGGUGUCCUGCUCCAGGAUGCGAGUAUGCGAUUGAUUUUGCUGCUGGUAGUGGAAGUUUUGAUGUUUCCUGCCUAUGCUCACAUAGCUUUUGCUGGAAUUGUGCAGAGGAAGCUCAUCGUCCAGUGGACUGUGGAACGGUGACAAAGUGGAUUUUGAAGAACAGCGCUGAGUCUGAAAACAUGAAUUGGAUACUUGCUAAUUCCAAACCUUGUCCAAAAUGCAAGCGACCGAUUGAAAAAAACCAAGGGUGCAUGCACAUAACAUGCACCCCACCUUGCAAAUUUGAAUUUUGUUGGCUGUGCCUUGGUGCAUGGUCAGAUCAUGGUGAGAGGACAGGUGGUUUCUAUGCUUGUAACAGAUAUGAGGCAGCCAAGCAAGAGGGAGCAUAUGAUGAGUCAGAGAGGAGGCGAGAAAUGGCAAAAAAUUCUUUGGAGAGAUACACCCAUUAUUAUGAACGAUGGGCAAGCAAUCAGUUGUCAAGGCAAAAAGCUCUUGUAGAUUUACAUCAAAUGCAGACUGUACAUCUUGAGAAGCUUAGUGACAUCCAUUGCACGCCCGAGUCUCAGCUGAAGUUCAUAGCAGAAGCCUGGCUUCAGAUAGUUGAAUGCAGGCGAGUUCUGAAAUGGACCUAUGCGUAUGGGUUUUAUCUACAUGAGCAUGAGCAUGCCAAGAGACAGUUUUUUGAGUACUUGCAAGGUGAGGCUGAGUCUGGUUUGGAAAGGCUUCAUCAAUGUGCAGAGAAGGAAUUACAACAGUUUCUUGCUGCCGAUGGCCCAUCAAAAGAAUUUGAUGAGUUCCGGACAAAGUUAGCUGGGCUGACCAGUGUGACGAAAAAUUAUUUCGAGAACCUGGUCAGAGCAUUAGAGAAUGGCCUAGCAGAUGUGGACUCUCAUGGUGCUUGUAGCAAGACCACGAGCUCAAAAAAUGCCAGUGUCAGCAAAGGGAAAGGUGGCAAGGGAAAGGGUGGUAAAACUGGUGGUUCCAGCAAAAAUGGAGAUGAUUAAUAUUCCAGUUCCAGUUCCAAGCUGCUUCCACAUGCUGGGUAUUCUGCCACUGCCAUUUAAACUUUCUAAACACAUGUCUGUGGACAUUGGAACCUUCUUGGAAUAAGUACUCUCCAAGCAAGUUAAAAGAAUGGGAAUUGCGGUGGAUUCUUUCCAUUUAUGGUUUGAUGGCUCAUCCUUUCCAGAGGAUUGGAAGAAUUACAAAAAGCUUCUGAUUGGAAUCCUUGUGUGGUUUUGAGUCAAGCGCCAUGUUUGGUGUACUGUAUAUAGUUAUCUAUCUUUGUCUAUUAGCAUAUCGACCCUGCAACUUGCUUUUGUUGCUGAUAAUUAUAUAUGUAUAGGAAAUGUUCUUCAUCUGUGAAUGCAAAUUAACUCAUCUGUGAAACAGAAAAACUGAAGCUUCAGUGGUAUUUUGCGUUGGUUUAACUUCCAAAUUGAUGUUGUUGAACAA